AUGCCUGAAGAUGAACACAAAGACGACUUUCCAAAUGUAAACGAUGAGUUCAGCAAGCUUGCCAAAGAAACUUUUGAAAUCUCUAAUUUAGAAGAGCAAAAUGCAGAAGGAAUUGAAGAUUCCUUGGAGGAUAUAGAAAGCAACAUGAAUGCAGUUGUAUCUUUUGUUCCUCAACUAGGUGAGCAAGAAUUAAGAGAGCCUUACAUCGGUAUGGAAUUUCAAUCACUUGAUACUGGAUUUAAAUUUUAUCUUGAUUAUGCUCAUCGUAAUGGUUUUAGUGUGCGCAAAAAUCGAAUUAGUAGAUCAAGAAAAGAUAAAUCCAUUAUUGGUCAAGAGUUUGUUUGUUCAAAAGAAGGAUUUCGUUCAAAAAAAUGUCUUGAGAAUAAUAAGCAACGAGAUGAGACUAGAGAGAGGUGCAAAGUGAUGAUAUAUAUGUCAAAGAAAGAAGAAGAAAAGUGGGUUAUAGCUAGGCUUGUCUUGAAUCAUAAUCAUGAACUUGCUUCUCCUAAUAGUCAGAAAUUCUUGCGAUCAAAAAGAAAAAAAUCAGAGGCUCAAAAAAAGCUUAUUGAUCUCUUAAAUAAUUCUGGUAUUCGUCCAAGUAAAAUCGCAUCAGUGUUAACUACUCAGGCGGGAGGCAUAGAGAAUCUCAAUAUAACUGGACGAGAUAUUCAGAAUUAUUUGAGCACUAAAAGGCAAAAUUGUCUUGAGAAAGGAGAUGCACAAUUGAUGUUGAAAUACUUUCAAAAGCGACAAUCUGAUAGCCCGGGAUUCUUUUAUGCAAUACAAAUGGAUGUGGAGGGUCAUUUAGCUAAUUGUUUUUGGGUAGAUGCUAGGUCUAGGAUAGCUUACAAGAAUUUUGGAGAUGUUGUCCUAUUUGAUCCUACAUACUUGACAAAUAAAUAUAAGAUGCCUUUUGUUCCAUUUACCGGAGUUAAUAACCAUCACCAAUCCAUUUUAUUUGGAUGUUCUCUUCUUUGGGAUGAAACGAAAGAAACUUUUCAGUGGUUACUUCAUACUUGGCAAGAGGCAAUGUUUGGUAUUUCCCCUCGUACAAUAAUCACAGAUCAAGAUGCUGCAAUAACAAAUGCAGUUGCAAAGGUGUUCCCGAAUAGUGCACACCAUUUUUGUAUGUGGCACAUUGAGAAGAAGAUUCCUGAAUAUCUAAGUCAUGUUUUUCAUGCAUUUGAUGAUUUUAAAAAUAAGUUUAGUAAGUGUUUACAUUGUACAACAACUCCUGAGGAAUUUGAAAUUGCUUAG